CGCUGCCUUCAGCCUGGUCGACAUUCCGAAUUCCCUCUUGAGUAUAAAAAGCCCCUCUCCUCCAUCAUCGGCUGCUCUCCUACUCGCCGUUUUUCUUUUGCUAGUAUCUUUUGCUCGCCCAAUCCACGGGGGAUUUGCAACGACUGCCUGACUGGGCAUUUGUUCUUGCAGAUUAUUGCAUCGGAACAGCAAUACCACAAAAGCAACAGCUGCUACAUCUUGUCUUGGACGGGGACUUCAGUGAUUCCCAAACAGUCCCUACACCGGCGGUGAAAUUCCCUGGUAGAUAGUAGUGUGCACUGUUGAUCUUUAAAAUACCGACUUGGAUCUGAAUCGGAAACGGUUCAUUUCUGCUUCUUAUUAUUUUUUUUGGUGAACCAGCCAGCCAACCUGCCCUGGUUGCUCAUUCAUCAUCGCAUCUGAUUCAAGAUGUCUCAAAAACCCAUCUUCGUGGCUACCCAUCCACGCGCCUGCUCUACGGCCUUUGAACGAGUCUUCAUGACCCGUCGGGAUACCAUCCAGUGUAUCCAUGAGCCGUUUGGUGAUGCCUUCUACUACGGGCCUGAACGCCUGUCGGCCAGAUUCGCCGACGACGAACAGGCUCGUCUAGAGAGCGGUUUCAGCCAGUCGACGUUCCAGACCGUCCUGGCCAGAAUCGAGCGCGAAGCUUCUGAGGGCAAGCGCAUCUUCAUGAAGGACAUCAUGCACUACCUCCUCCCACCAUACAGCAAACCCGCCAGUAUUGCGCCAUCGCUGAACAGGAUCAAGCGGGGCGUGGGCACCGAGUCUAACGGAGAGACUGCCCCCCAUUCGGCCGUUGGCGUCAACGGCACCAGCAACGGCGCCCACACCAACGGUCACCACGCCCAGCAGCUGAAUGGCACAAGCCCAGUACAGAACGGGACCAAGAAUGGGCUGAAUGGCCACGCUGCGCUGGACCACUCCACGCCGGUGAAACCGGCAGCUACCCGGGAGCCGUACCCGUACGACACGGCAGCCGAGCCAGGCAAUCCUACCGUGAUGCCCACGGAAAUCCUCUCCCAGUUCCAUUUUGCCUUCCUCAUCCGCGACCCCCACCACAGUGUCCCCUCCUACUUCCGCUGCACCAUUCCACCCCUCGACCAGGUGACGGGCUUCCACAACUAUGAUCCCUCCGAGGCCGGGUACGACGAGCUGCGUCGCACCUUCGACUACCUGCGUAGCGUGCGCCUGGUUGGCCCCCACAUUGCCACGCAGGAGCGUGACGCCGACGAUAUCGACAACCGCCUGCGACCGGUGACUAGCGGGCUCAACGGAUACGAGGCCGGGGCGGAGAUCUGUGUGGUCGACGCCGACGAUAUGUUGCAGAAGCCGGCGCCCAUGAUCGAGGCGUUCUGUCGUAGCGUGGGCCUCGAGUAUACCCCCGACAUGCUGUGCUGGGAUACCGAGGAAGACCACCAGGUUGCUCGGGAGAAGUUCGAGAAGUGGAGGGGCUUCCACAACGAUGCGAUCGAGUCGAAGGGCCUGGUUGCUAGAAAGCAUCCCCAUGCCGUCAAGACGGAAGAAGAAUGGGACGCCGAAUGGCGCAAGAAAUACGGCCCGGAGGCAGCAGAACUCAUCCGUAAGACCGUCGACGCCAACAUGGCUGAUUACUUGUAUAUGAAGCAAUUUGCCAUGCGCGUGUAGGUCCAAGUCAGGACAGUCUGUCCUUACGGGCCCGGGACACCAGGAGGAAAGAAGAAGAGAAACCACCGGAAGAAGAACGGGGGACCGAUGGCCUUAAGUAAGAAAGAAGCAGAAGAAUGAUUAAAAGAGGGGUUAAUCCACUCUUUUAACUUCGGAAUGGUAUGCUGGGUGACGAAUGUUCAGGCAUGAUGAAUUCUUAGCUUUGAUGACGCCAUUUGAUGUGAUGAUGAUCUGUGCAUGUUGAUUCCUUUUUGAUUGAUUGAUCGAUUCGUUUGUGAUUUUUUUCAUGAAUGCAAUGAGCGAAGCAAGCAAGUAUGCAAAGCAAGGAAGGGUGGGAGAUUGAAUUAAUUAUGAUGGAAUA